AUUUUCUACCUUUGAAGAAACUUUGAGAUUAUUUAUCACUACACAUUUUUGCACGUUUCCUUUUUUCAAAUUUAUUUUAUUUGAGUGUUUUUAUUGCUACUCGUCAGAUUUUUUAAAUAGUUGUACACACUUUGUAAUUUUAGUAAUGUCCACCUGGUCUUGGUGUAGGCUUCUCAGUGAUUUCCCAAAGGUAAUUUAUUUUUCCUUAAACUAGAUUUUUAAAUAUUUUUUGUAUAAAGGGGCGGUCUUCGUAUACUUUAUUUGGAUUUGUUGUUACUCGAUUUAUUAAUUUUGUAUUUUUAUUGUUGAAUAUUAAUUCUAUUGUGGGGUUUUAAAAUGGAGGGAGUAAAUGCUUUUGUCGUUUAAUUGCAUAACCCAAGUGUUUCAGUUUGUACUACCAUUUUCUCUGUGGGUUCAAGAAAAUACACCAAUCAUUUGAUCCUGAAAUCAAACCAUUACUAUAAUUUUGUGUUUCAUAAGGUGUACUCAAGUAUUGCUUCAGUUUCAACUUGACCAAAAAAUCUUUUUUCUGGUGCCAAUAAUAUAGAGUUUCUGAAAUCACUGUGAAUCUUUUCUAAUAUAUCAACCUUUUGCUUUUCCAUGACCGUGGUUAUGGGUUACAUAGAAAAAAAUUGUACCUGAUGCUUCAAUUUUGUCAGCUUUCUCAAACUUGAGGCAACAUUUAUCAUGUUUGAAGCUUUCAUCUCGGGCCUUUACUUAAAUUCACCAAGGGAAUGAGCUAAAUCUGUUAAUGAAGAUGAUCUGGAUGUCAGUUCGGCUAUAAAAUUCAGGUAUAAAGAAGCUAUUGAUGUUGAAGCGGCCAGUAAGGUACUCCCUCUUGACAGCCAUUUAGACUCUGACAUAGAGGCAGGCAACUUCAACCUUUUGGAUGAAUGAUUUGCUUUGGCCUCAAUCAUUUACAUAAAUAUUUUAAAUUUCCACAAGACACCAGAUUUUAUGCCCUAGAUAAUGGUUUUCUUUUCCUUUUUAGCAAUUUCUUUGAUUUUUUAGCAUUGAGUUUUGAAAGGGCUUGCAGUUGAGGUUUGAAUAAAGACUAACAACUUCUUCAGCUUUUAUGUGUAAAUAUGUAUACUUGUAGUAUUUGUAUCAGUGUAUUUUCCUGUCUUUUCUAUUUUUUUGUUGAUUUUCACCUUAUUCAGAUUAAGUUCAUCUCUAUUAUUUAUCUGUAACUCUUUUUUUUUUUUUUUUUUUUCUGUUUAGUGAUUCAGACAAAUAUGAAUAACAAUAUUUGCCUACUUCUAUUUAGUUUUUCUAUUUUAAAAGAUUACCAUAUAAGUCUUUCAAGCCUGACACGUGUAUAGUAUUUUUAUUGCUCGUGGCUGUUUCAAAACCUUCAUUUAAUGAAUUACUUUUGGUUCUAUGUGAAAGGGUAUUUCUGUUGUGGGAUGGAUUUUAAUGUUGUUUCUCACUUAAUCGAAAUUGUUUUUUUUUUUUUUUUUUUGAUAUCCAAGUAUCCCAACUUACAUCAGAUUAAAUCCUGGACCUCCAAGACCCAUGCCCCUAGAACUUUGGAGGGGGUAAAUCGCGGGUUAUGCCUCAAUUGGAUCACAGAUUCCCCCCAUUGACUGUACACUUCUACGCACAAGAGACCCUCAUCCACAGUGAUUGCUCCAUACCAAAUUUUUGGCUGCAGGUUCCCACCAGGAAUCGAACUCUCCACCCUGCCGCUGGAAGCAAGCCAAUGUUGAUUGAUCCUCCAGUUGAGCUAUGCCCCGGGGGGCUGAAAUUGUGUUUCCUUUGCCCUUUGUUGAAUUUGGUUUCGGUUGAUGGAGCAAAAAAAGGAGAACAGUAAAAAAAUGUUGAGCAUCAAAGAACAUGAACAACCAUUGAGGUUCCUCAAACCUAUCAGGUUGUUGUUCCAAUACGGAUUAACCAUAAUUGGCAGGUAAAAGGAGGUCUCAACGGAGAUGAUGGUCAAAAUUGGUGAAACUGAAAAGCAUGGAAUAAGGGAAAUUCAAUAGGAUAUGUUGAUAUACACGAUCUAAUUGUAACUUAUAAAACACGAUGCAUGUUGGACAGCCAUUUUUGAGAGCUUUUGUUCAUGAGCGUAGACAUUAGCUUAGUCAUCAGCACGUGUGAUUGACUACAUGGGCAUAGUUUGGGAAUUCCAUCUCAAAAAGGUUGAAGCUUUAGCAGUGAAAGGUAAUCCAGAUUUAUUUCAACAAUGAGGCUUUUGAAGCUGAUAAACAUGAUGAAUUUCUGAAAAGAUAUGAAGAUGCUGCUGCACAAACUCAACGAACCCUUGCCUAUUUAAACUUCACCCGGAAUUUGAUAUUUAGCACAGUGCUCUUUGCAGCUAUAUAAUUCUAAAGUCCCUUCUCUAUAUAAUUCUAAUAAUACCUGUCUCAUGUUGAUGUUAUAAAGCUUCGAUGACGAUUAAAAGAAACUUGAAAGUUUUUUUUUUUUUUUUAAUAAUCAAUAUCUACUUCUUCGAUUGUUGCCGUAAGUCUAGGUCAAAUGUACAAAGCUCGGUUGAAGUACUCUGGCCAGGUUGUUGCUGUGAAGGUACAAAUACCUUGUAUUGAAGAAGCUAUAGGGCUGGAUUUUUAUCUUAUAAGUUUAGGUUUCCUCAUAAAUAAAUAUGCUGAAAUAAUUACAAGUGAUGUUAUUGCUCUUAUUGACAAAUUUCCUUGGAUAGUUUACCAAGAGCUCAAUUAUGUGCAGGUUUCUAACUUUUCCUAAAUUUACCUUUCCUUAAAAGAGACAAUCCUAAGAUCACUGCUCAUUUUUGCCACCCUUGUUUUAACACUAGAACUGGUUUGGAGUUUCCUUCUUUUUUUAAUGCAUAAAACGAGUUCUGGGUUCUCCUUGAUGUUGUCUCUUGUACUUUUCAAUUUUGAUUCACAAUCCGAAUUUCAAAAAUUUCUUGAAAAUGGGGUUUUGGAAGGAUAUGUUAGAAAAAUAAACAUGCAUUUAACCUAUUUAAUUUAUUUUCAUGAAUUUAGGAGUUUGAAAUACAUGUAUUAUUAAUUAAUAUGCAUCUAGUUAAUUGUGGUUCAUGUAUGUAUGUAUUAUUAAUUAAUGUGUACAUAGUAAAUUGUGGUGCAUGUAGUAGAAUUAAAUUGAGGGGAUAAACUUAUGUGAUAGGAAGUCCUAUAAAUACCUAUGUAAUCUUGAGUUGAAGGCAAAUCCACAAUUGAAUAGAAAAUCAUUUCCUCCUCCUAAGUCCACUUCUAUUUCCUACAAAGUGGUAUCAGAGCCACAAUACUAGAAACCAUGGCAAAUGUCAACAUGAUCCCCUUCCAAGUUCCAAAACUAUCCAAAGAGAAAUUUGAUAAUUGGUGCAUCCGCAUGAAGGCACUACUUGGUGCACAUGAUGCAUGGGACAUCGUGGAGAAUGGUUAUGAGGCUCCCAUCGAUCUAGCUGCGCUCAUCCAAGCACAAAGGGAUCUUUUACAAAGCACUAAGAAGAAUGAUCAAAAGGCUGUUUCUCUUAUUCACCAAGCAUUGGAUGAGACCACUUUUGAGAAGGUUUCUAAUGUUACUACAGUAAAUCAAUUAUGGGAUAUGCUUCAAGUUGCCUACAAAGGAAAGGAGAAGGCAAAGAAAGUUCGCCUCCAAAAUCUACAAGGUGAAUUUGAAGCUAUUCAAAUGAAGGAAUCCAAAAAGGUGUCGGAUUAUAUUUCAAGAGUGGUGACCGUAGCAAACCAAAUGAAGAGGCUUGAUGAAGAUGUGACUGAUUUAAGGGUGAUUGAGAAAAUCCUUAGAUCAGUUACUGAGAAAUUUGAUCACGUGGUAACUGCCAUUGAAGAAUCAAAGGACAUCGAAGAUAUGACAAUUGAAGAAUUAUGCGGAUCAUUGAAUAUGAAGACAAGCUUAAUCGAAGAAGGAAGGAGCCAUUGGAGUAGGUUUUGCAAUCAAAGCUCACAUUGAAAAACAAGGAAG